GAGUCCGGGAAAGAGGCAUCUGGCGGAACUCGAGUGAAACCGCGCAUGCGUAGUUUAGUGUCAAAGCGAGGCGGUGAGAGUGGAGCGGGAGGAGAGCGAGUUGGGCGUGGCUUUUCUACCAGGCUCUCUAUCGAGAGUGGCUGAGGAGAGAGUGCGCAUGCGUGACUGUAGUUGGGAGCGAGCGAGGGAGAGAAGCGAAGUGCAGCCGGGCUUGGGUGGUGGUUGGAGGUGGGGGAGGAGGAGAGGAAAUCGGCAUAAGGAGGCUUAUUGCUCUGCCCCGCCCCCACAGAGGAAGUGGGAACACAGAAGGCGGCGGCGGCGGCGAAGACGAAGACGUCGGAUCCGUCUCGGGCCGGGCGAAACUGGCUCCCAACGCCCAUUGGAUAAGGAGUCUUUUUAUUUUAUUUUACCCAAAACAUGAAGGAGGAUGUGCAGUCUUCACAGUGUUGGAGUCCUGAAGCUGUUUCAUCAAGGGAAAGGAGGCUUGUCCUGAAAUGGUGCCUAUAAUCCUUGUUGCUAAAUAAGUAGUAUUGGAGUACUGUAGUAGGAUUUGAAUACAGCUGUCUGCCCUUUUGUUGUUUGGCACAAGUAUCCUCCACCAGAUGUUUUACUACACCAUCAAAAAUAUUAUGCUGAUGUGUUUCUUUCAGCCCCCAGACUGCCACAACUGAUGGCUGUAGACCAUCAAUGUACUUUAGCUAGUAGCAUCUUUGGGACCUUGCCAUGUACUAUGGUAUGGUUAUUAUGAGCAAGAAAUUUGCGAUCAAAUGGUUCUUUGGCUUUUAAAGCUAGCGAGAUAGACUUGAAAGUUGUUGUUCUACUUGAUAUUGGAUUAUUGUAUACUGCCGCUAAAAAUUAAGGUCAAAAACUUUUUCUGUUGCUUUGCUGGCAGCAUCAAAGCUCUAACGUGACAUAACUGCUGCAAUUGUGUGCCUUUUAUCCCUUUGGAUCAUAAAGCAAGGAAGAAAGGUGUUGGAAAAAGCCAAACUAUUGUCUACUCUGAGGUUUUGAUACAGUUUUUGAGUUAGUUUAAAAAGCAAAGAUGUCAUUCUUCAAUUUUCGUAAGAUCUUCAAGUUGGGGGGUGAGAAGAAAAAGAAGCAGUAUGAGCAUGUCAAGAGAGACUUAAACCCAGAGGACUAUUGGGAAAUUAUAGGAGAACUUGGAGAUGGUGCUUUUGGAAAAGUAUUCAAGGCUCAGAACAAAGAAACAAAUGUGCUUGCUGCUGCAAAGGUGAUUGAUACUAAAUCUGAGGAAGAACUUGAAGACUACAUGGUUGAAAUUGAUAUCCUAGCAUCCUGUGAUCAUCCUAACAUUGUCAAACUUCUAGAUGCCUUUUAUUAUGAAAACAACCUUUGGAUCCUGAUAGAAUUCUGUGCUGGUGGUGCUGUAGAUGCCGUAAUGUUGGAACUUGAGAGGCCACUAACCGAGCCACAGAUCAGGGUAGUUUGCAGGCAGACACUUGAGGCACUGCACUAUCUGCACGAAAAUAAGAUCAUUCAUCGAGAUCUAAAAGCUGGCAAUAUUCUUUUCACAUUGGAUGGAGACAUUAAGCUAGCGGAUUUUGGAGUGUCUGCUAAAAAUACAAGGACAAUACAAAGACGAGAUUCUUUCAUUGGUACUCCAUAUUGGAUGGCUCCUGAAGUAGUAAUGUGUGAGACCUCUAAAGACAGACCUUAUGAUUACAAGGCUGAUGUUUGGUCUUUAGGUGUCACUUUAAUAGAAAUGGCUGAAAUAGAACCACCUCAUCAUGAAUUGAAUCCAAUGCGUGUUCUGCUGAAAAUAGCAAAGUCGGAACCACCAUCGUUGGCACAACCUUCAAAAUGGUCUGCUGACUUCAAAGACUUCUUAAGGAAAUGUUUGGAAAAAAAUGUAGAUGCCAGGUGGAACACUGCUGAGCUUCUACAGCAUCCAUUUGUUACUGUAACUUCUAAUAAACCAGUCAGAGAACUGAUUGCAGAAGCAAAGGCUGAAGUUACAGAGGAAGUAGAAGAUGGGAAGGAGGAGGAAGAAGAGGAAGAAACUGAAAAUUCUCUGCAGUUACCAGCAAGUAAACGAGCCUCAUCUGACCUCAGCAUUGCCAGCUCAGAAGAGGAUAAACUUUCACAGAAUGCCAGUAUUCUGGAAUCUGUUUCUGAAAAAACAGAGCGUUCAUCCACAGAACAGACUAGUGCUAAUGCACUUGAAGGUGAAAAAACAAGUGUGGCUCCUGACAAAAAUGAAAAGGAGAAAUACACUGCAAGCACAACUGAAACCAUACAAGAAAACACUGAAAAACUGAAGAAUGGAUCUGCAUUGCUCCAUGAAGAUGAGGAAGCGAAGAAGAGUGAGAAGACAACGGAAAAUUCAAGAUUAAGUGAAAACAGAGAGUCACAGAAAGAAGAAAAGGAAAUUGGCCCAAUAGUAUCUGAAACUAAUGUUGAGCCCAGUCUAAAAACAGAGGAGGGAAAGGACUUCACAAAUGAAUCAACGGUUGAAAACAAACAAGAAACAAUUCCUGAUGAUGGAGGUAGCAGUGCAGAAAUUACAGAUGCAGUCUCUAAAGGAACUGGUGUGAAAGAAGAAAGUACCACAAACCUCCAAGAAAAUGAAAUGGAAGAGGCAAAGCCUACCGAAGGAAUUAAAGAGGUUGAGGAAUUGCAAGGGGAUGACAAAUGUAAAGAGGGUGACCUGAAAGAGGCUGAAAGUCAGAAAAAUGAAGUUACUGCAGGUACUGAGGAAUCACAGGUGAAGGUCAUAGCUGAGACAGCUGAUGAACCACAGAAGCAAAUAAAAGAAGGUACCAGCAGUCCACAAGAGAUGGACAGUGCUGGUAACAAUCUGGUCACGGAUGUAGAUAAAGUGCUUGAAAAUGCUCAGGAGCCAGCAGAGUGCCUGGCUGAGGAUGCUUCUGAGAAAGUCUCAGAAAUGGGAAAAAUGGUAGAUUCUGAUCAGCAGUUAGUUGAGGGAUACAAUGACGAUUCAAAGAAGACAAGCAGCACAAAGGAAACAGAGGUCAGUGUUUCAGAAAGAGCAGACAACAUUGAGCAUAAGCCAGCAGACAAAAAACAUACCGAAGAGGCAAGAACAGAGGAAAGCAAUAUUGUACCAGGGGAUAAAAUUGCAGAACCUGAUCAUAAAUUAGAAAACAGAGCUGAGGAGAAGCAUGAGAAUAAUAUACAAAUGGACACAGACCGACCAGCAGUUUCCAUUGGCUUGUCAGUUGAAAAUAAGCUUGAAGAUUCUGCAGCCAAGAAGAUGCAUGAACAUGAGGUGUCUCCGGUACCCAAUAUUAGCAUUAGCUCUGCAGAAAAUGAGGCAGAAGAUAAAUCUGGCAUUCAGGAUAGUGUUGAAAACUCGCAUCAUGUUGAUUCUGAAAGCGCUAAAGAAAACGAUACAGAUUCAGGCAGAGGUUCCACUGCUGACAACAGCAGCAUUGAUUUGAACUUGUCCAUUUCCAGUUUCCUCACUAAAAACAAGGAGAGUGGAUCAAUAUCUUUACAAGAAACUAAAAGACACAAGAAAACAUUAAAGAAAACUCGCAAAUUUGUUGUUGAUGGCGUGGAAGUAAGUGUGACUACCUCUAAAAUUGUAACAGAAAGUGAUUCUAAAAGUGAAGAAUUACGAUAUCUUCGGCGUCAAGAAUUAAGAGAGUUACGGCUUCUACAAAAAGAAGAGCAGCGAGCUCAGCAGCAGCUUAGUAACAAACUUUUACAACAAAGAGAACAGAUGUUCAGGCGCUUUGAACAAGAAAUGACGAGCAAGAAGCGGCAAUAUGACCAGGAGAUUGAAAACCUGGAAAAACAGCAGAAACAGACAAUAGAGCGCUUGGAACAGGAACAUACAAAUCGCUUACGUGAUGAAGCAAAACGCAUCAAAGCAGAACAAGAGAAAGAAUUGUCCAAAUUUCAGAACAUGUUGAAAAACAGGAAAAAAGAGGUUUUUAAUGAAGUGGAGAAAGCACCAAAAGAGCUGAGAAAAGAGCUCAUGAAACGCAAGAAAGAGGAACUUUCUCAAUCCCAGCAUGCUCAGGAGCAAGAGUUUGUACAGAAGCAGCAGCAAGAAUUGGAUGCAUCGUUAAAGAAAAUUAUUCAGCAGCAAAAAACUGAGCUAGCUACCAUUGAGCGGGAUUGUCUUAACAAUAAGCAACAACUCAUGAGAGCCCGUGAAGCUGCGAUAUGGGAACUAGAAGAACGACACUUGCAGGAAAAACACCAACUGCUAAAACAGCAACUGAAAGAUCAGUACUUCAUGCAAAGACACCAGCUGCUUAAACGGCAUGAAAAAGAAACAGAACAGAUGCAAAGAUAUAACCAGCGGCUUAUUGAGGAAUUAAAAAACAAGCAUACCCAGGAAAGAGCUCGAUUGCCCAAAAUCCAGCGCAGUGAAGCAAAAACUAGGAUGGCAAUGUUUAAAAAAAGCCUAAGAAUUAACUCCUCAAGCACUCCGGAACAGGAUCGUGAAAAGAUUAAGCAGUUUGCUAUUCAGGAAGAAAAAAGGCAAAAAAAUGAGAGACUGGCUCAACAUCAGAAACAUGAAAAUCAAAUGCGAGACCUCCAGCUGCAGUGUGAAGCCAACAUUAGAGAAUUACAUCAGCUACAGAAUGAGAAAUGCCACCUGCUGGUUGAACACGAGACUCAGAAAUUAAAAGAGCUAGAUGAGGAACAUAGCCAAGAACUUAAAGAAUGGCGAGAGAAACUGAGACCAAGGAAAAAGACAUUAGAAGAGGAAUUUGCUCGUAAACUUCAAGAACAGGAGGUUUUCUUUAAAAUGUCUGGAGAAUCUGAAUGCCUUAAUCCAUCAACACAAAGCCGGAUUUCUAAAUUCUACCCAGUCCCUAGCCUGCACUCCACUGGAUCAUAAAUUUGGAGCCUCUGUGAGAUGGCUUUGGGUGCGUUUUUCAGCUUCUCCUCUUCAGCUUCUGUCACAAUGAAAUCUACACCCUGCAUCCAAGAACCUCAGUGGAACUCCAUCCACCUUCAGUGGAGACAAUCAGUGAUAUCAGAUAUAGAAGCACAAAUGUUGGUCUUGAAAUCCGAUAUGAUGUAUUUCAUGUAUUUCAAGGAUAGCCGUUUGAAAACUGGACUGAAAAAAUGUAUGCAACUGUGUUGGCACUGGAAAGCAAGCCUAAACUAUUAAAGGUAAUCUGCAAUGCCCCAAGAAUAAUUGUAGAGGAUAUUUAGGCAGAUAUACUACUGCUCCUUUAACCAAAUAUUUGUUGUGUUAUGGCCAUUACCUCGUGAGGAAAUGGGUCACUAGCCUCAUUCAGUGCCUGAAACCUGUAAACAUGCUGGGGGGGGGGGGCGUUGUAAGAGGAUCGUGUUUCUUUAUCAGAAAAGAAGCCCUCAUUAUUGAUAUUACUGUAACAGAAAUGCUUGCCGCUUCCACAAUUUUUGUCAAAUCCUUGCACUACAAUAUGUAAAGUUUAAAAAAGAGUACUCCUGUCUACUUUAAAAUAUACACCUUAUUCCUCUACAAACAGAAAUAAAACAAUAUCAUUUAUUUCUCAAGACAAAGUGCGCAAAAUUUGCACCCCCAUUCUCACCCCCACAAUUAGAGAAAUGUGAACUGAAUGGAUUCUCUCCUUACUCAAAGUAGCAGUUUUGAAACUCCAGAGCAGAAAAUGGCUGUGACUGUCCCCGUUCUUACAAAUCAGUGCUGAUGUCUGGAUUGCAAGGCAUGUUUUCUUUCAAAAUGUAUGUUGACCUAUAGAAGGAUUUAAGUUAAAUGUAUAGACAAAUGUUUAAUCUGCUUCAUUGUUUUGCCAUGAAGUAACUAAAGUUAAAUGGUUUUAUUUCUAAAAUUCAUAGUUGUAUUAUAACUUAUUUGCUGUGGGGGUGGAAUAGAAAUAUUUAUCCGGUUGGCAGGAGAUGUGCCUGCAUUAAACAGCAGCUGCUGUCUUUUCAGGUUUCAGAUCUGAGUCAUAUCAAAAACAGUAUUGUAGACUGUCCUUUUGAUAUGCCAAAGUUAGAUUUGUAAUAUAAAUGUUGGUUGCUUCCUGUUCUUUUGCAGCCUGAUCUUUUAGUAGGUAGCUUUGAAUAAUCAACUGUAAGUUUUCACAUUUGCAGUCUUUUCAUUAAAUGUGAAUACUGUCCAAUUUCUUACAAAUUUUAUAUUAUGUCAGCAGCAUUCCUGCAUGUGAAGGAAGCAGAUUAUAAAAAUAUAGAGUACUUUAAUCAAGUGUGUUCAAUUCUUUGGCUAAUGAAUCCAGAUACUGAAGUUGAUCUUAUCAGAUCAAACUGUUCAAUUGUGACGGUAUAGUAAACAUACUUUGAAGAUGCAUGUUACAGUUAAAUUUUGUUUUCCUUUAAUCAUAAUCUACCUAACAAAUAUUUCAUAGCUAGCCUUAAUACUUCACAUUUUAUUUUAUAAAUAUGUAUUGUGUACCAGGUUGUAC